AUGGCGAGUAGGGCUCGGUUACUGCGGCCACAGGCCUCUUCGCUACCAAGAUGUGUCUUUGCAACUCGUACUUUCGGUGCUGAAGCACGCCACUUCUCCCUCUUCAAUCGCCCCAGGCAGAGCUAUGAAGAGCAUGUACCGUUGACACCGGUGGGGAGACUGGGUCUGGCAAUUAGCUCUGGGAUAGGGAGUUUCCUAGACCCUAGAAAAGGAGAGUUGAUUGCUACUUUUGGCGAGGCAACAGCGCAGCCAUACUUCAUAUACAAGCUGCGAGAUCGCAUGCUCAUGAACGCCACCGGGCGAAGAAUCCUGCGCGAGCGACCCAGAUUGACCUCUAAAUCCCUCGAUAUCCCUCGUCUUCGUUCGCUACCGCCCAACACCGUUGGCUACAAUUAUGCUGCGUGGCUCGAUGCUGAGGGGGUCACGCCAGAUACACGAGCGCAGGUGCGAUACAUAGACGAUGAGGAGUGCGCAUACGUUAUGCAGCGAUACCGCGAGUGUCAUGACUUCUAUCACGCGCUUGUUGGACUGCCGGUUUUUCGAGAGGGAGAAGUUGCAUUGAAAGCUUUCGAGUUCGCCAACACUGGGCUGCCAAUGACCGGUCUCGCUGUCUUCAGCGCACUCACGCUGAAAAAGGGAGAGUGGAGAAGGUUUCUGGACGUCUACGGACCUUGGGCUGCCAGAAAUGGAGCACGAAGUGAUGACGUGAUCAAUGUCUACUGGGAAGAAGAGCUAGAAACAGACAUCAACGAGUUGAGGACAAGACUUGGGAUCGAGAAGCCGCCAGAUCUCCGCUCCAUGCGUAAGGAAGCCCGCGAAGCGAGGAAGAGAGAGAAGGAGGCUAAAGAGGCUAUGGUGAGAGCCGCUGUCUAG